GUCUGCGGAGUUUAUGGGUUAUGAAACCAUUCGUCAUCUAAUUAAACUCCUAUACUCAUAACCAUCGCUCGCACACCAAUAGCGCAAGAUGGGUUCCAGCGCAAAGAGAAAGAAGGAGAAGAAGCAAGAUUUCCAGAAACCAAAACUCAAAGUCGGCAAGGCGAAGCUGAAACCCGCGAACGAGACAAACACCAAGUUCAAGACUAGAUCAAUCAUCCUCCCGAAUCAAACCCUCACCGUCGCCGCCCCAACCACCGCCUCCGAAUUCGACCACCACCUUUCCCUUCUGUCUAGUAAAUCCGAUACCCAACGGCGAGACUCACUCACAUUCCUGACAUCUGCCAUCAAUGCGCACCGAACGAGUCCCGCUCUUCCGAAACCAGUCAGCGUCAUCCUUCCCAAACUUCAAACCCUCAUCCUCGACCGAUCUUCCUCCGUGCGGGCGCAGCUCUUGCGUCUUCUACACGCUCUCCCAGUCCCUGACCUCCGAUCGCACUGCGAGACCACGAAAUGUCACAUCCUGCUGCUCGUUCGGGCGGGGAUGAGCCACAUCACCCUUGACGUGCGACUUUCUUCCGUGGACAUCUUCGACUGGCUGGUCGAGGCGGCGGGUGAUGUCGUGGUUUCGGCACCGGGUGGAUGGAUCAAGACCUUAAACCAUCUCCUAACUCUGCUGAAAUGGGAUAUGGACCCGAAAACAGGGAAUUUCGCUUCGAAAGGCGCUAUGGUCAACCGCAGCGAAUCUGAGUCCAAAUUCGUGACCAAAGUGUUAGGCGCGUUGAAUAAGUUCCUCAAGGCCGGCUUCCUGGACGACUCGGCGCGAAGGGCGGACGAAUGCCUGCGAGAGAAGCAGGUGUGGUUCCCCUUGCACAAUGCGCAGCAGUUCAUGAUUCAACAGGGGCCGAAUCCGUUCGGAUAUUUGAACUUGUUCGGCCCGGUGAUGAAUGAGGAUUCGGCGCAAUAUACGGAGCGAGAUGAUCGCAGAGCUGUCUUUGCGAGGACAGUGCAACGGCCCAUAGAACUAGGCGUCGCCUUGACCAAGAAGGCUGGAGGUGAGAUCGGGAGGGCGGCUGCUACACUGGAGAAUACCUUGAAGGUGGGGAUGGCAGAUUACAAUAAGAUUAAUUCAUGAUUGGGCAUACAGCCAAAAUUUCUUAGUG